CCCGCCACAGAGUUCUUCAAAACUUCCGAUGGUAUAAUGGCGUCGAGGAGGAUAAUGGCUCCCUCUCAAAAUACUGAUAUAGCUGCAUCUAAGGAAGAAAGAUCAAAAGAAUAGUGAAUCAGGCUCAGGAAUUUUGAUUUUCGUCGACAGUCUUAUGUCUAAUGUCGUUCGCUCUUGCAGCGCACGCCAACUGUUCGACAAAGGGACUAAGAGAUACCUAGCUCCUCACGCCGCAUGGAAAGGCAGAACCCAACCAAAGAAGCUGAGUAUGGUAGAUCCCUAUGAAUUAUUUGCUCAAGAUGAUGUUUUAAAGUCAUGGACAUCGAAGAUAUCGAGUCUGGUGAGGGAAAACCGGCCUCGGGAAGCCAUAGGUUUGUUCAAAGCAAUGCUUGUAAGCGAACAAAGGCCGAACUUUGUGACGGUAUUAAGCGUGAUAAAGGCUGUUGGGUUAAUUGGUGGGAAGGAUAUGGCACGUGGAAUUCAUGGAUACUCAUUAAAAAUGGGGUUCAUUGAUUCAGAGGUAGCCAUUGUGACAGCACUUGUUAGCGUUUAUUCUUGCUGGGACAUGACCGCUGCAAUUAGGUUAUACAAUCAUACACCUUGUAAAGAUUUGGUUUUGUGCAGUGCAAUGAUUUCAGCAUGUGCCAACAAUGGGGAGUUUUGGAAAGCCAUCAAGCUGUUGAAGGCGAUGGUGAUUUACGGCAUGCAGCCGAAUCACGUUACAAUUUCAAGUGCCCUCUCUGCUUCAGCUGAUCUUGCUUCACUGAAUCUUGGGAGAGAAAUUCAUGGUUAUUCUAUACGAAGGUCGUUUUAUUCCUACGUAAUUCUUCAUAAUUCGCUUCUGGAUAUGUAUUCCAAGUGCAGACAUAUAGAGGCAGCGCUUUUGCUUUUCGGACAUAUGCAGGAGAAGGAUAUUGUUUCUUGGAGGAUUAUGAUACAUGGUUGUGUUGAAAAUGGAAGCCCAAGGAAAGCUCUGGAUAUCUUUCUUGAACUGCAAUCUUGUUGUGUUGAUAAAGCAGAUGAACUGAUAAUACAGGAAGUGAUUCGAGCAUAUUCGCAACUGAGUGAGAAUUGUAUUCAACAGGGAUUCCAUAGUUAUGUUCUGAAAAUGGGAUUUACUGAAUUUGCUUCGGCAGUCACCGAACUUCUUCAGACGUAUGCUGAAUUUGAUGACAUAGAGUCAGCACGGAGAGUAUUCGAUGAGCUUAGGUUGAAAGAUCUUAUUGCUUGGAGUGCAAUGAUUGCAGUUUAUGCUGAAAGCUCACAACCCGAUACUGCGUUUGGCUUAUUGAGGCAGAUGCAAAUGGCCAACAAGAACCCUAAUGAGUUCACUUUGGUCAGUCUAUUACAAGCUUGUUUUAAGGUCGAUGCUUUGGAGAUUGGAAAAAACAUACACGCUCAUGUAAUAAAGAGCGGAUAUUCGACCAAUGCAUUCUUGACGUCUGCGCUGAUUGAUAUGUAUUGCAAAUUUGGAAGAACAAGGGAAGGUAAGACCGUUUUUGAAGAAAAUCCCUCUGAUGAUUUUAUAUGUUGGAGUUCCAUGAUAAAUGGGUAUGGGAUUAACGGGUAUGGGGAGGAGGUUCUCGAGUGCUUUUCAAACAUGUUGCAUAGGGGGAUAAAGCCGAAUGAUGUUGUUUUCAUAUCAGUUCUAUCUGCUUGUAGCCAUUGCGGGCUAGAGUAUGAGGGUUGGAGCUGGUUUCAUUCGAUGGAAACGGUUUAUCAAGUUAAGCGAAACCUGGCACACUAUGCUUGCAUGGUGGACAUGCUCAGUCGCCAAGGAAAUAUCGAAGAAGGUCUUGAGUUUGUGAAUAGCAUGCCUAUUGAACCGGACAGGCGGAUAUGGGGCGCGCUUCUUGCUGGAUGCAGAAACAUUGAUGGACCUGCGGAAAUUUUAGAAUUCGUUGCCAAGAAACUCAUCAGUUUGGACCCGGAGAACGCCAGCUACUAUGUGCUUCUGUCGAACUUGUAUGCAGAACAAGGGAGAUGGGAAGAAGUUGAAAAGUUGAGGAGGAGGAUGGACACAAGAUUGUUGAAGAAAGUUACAGGCUCUAGCGCAAUUUAAGAAUUGCAUUAUUGUCCAUGCCAUUCUUUGAGGUCUGUGAUUCUUGUGGAUUCAUACAGAUUAUAGUUCCUGUCUUGAUUUGGGCAGGCUUGGAAUCAAUGCAUUUAUGGUAGCGUUUGAGUUUGAUGAUUGGGACGGUCUUGAGGAGAUGUAAUUCUAUCUGAGAAUCUGCUCUGCUCUGCUGAGGCACGCAAGACUAGAUAGAGAAGAUAGGCUUGAUGUUAUUGAAAGACAAAGACCAUUAGAGUCGAAGUAUGAGGAUGUUGUGGGGCUUCCCUUCCCUGCUUGAUUAACUUGUUCUUGAAAGCUCUUACGAGAUCAUUCCAACUUUGAUAUCACUUUGUAAUGGGUAUGGGUUAGAUGAUCUUUUAACAUCUUCCUAUUGUCUAGCAACUUUUUGGCAUUCACCGAAACCUUGUUAAUAUCUAU